UGGCCUGUGUUUCGGUAUUUAUUUUUAGUUUUUGUCAUUAUUUAUAUAGAAAAAAGUGUUGUUUUAAUAAAAUAAUAUGUCUAGUAAACCUAAUUCAAAACGAACGGUGUAUGUGGGUGGUUUAGCAGAAGAGGUGGACGAAAAAGUUUUAAACGCGGCAUUUGUUCCGUUUGGCGAUCUUGUGGACGUACAGAUACCUUUAGACUAUGAAACGGAGAAACACAGAGGCUUUGCGUUUAUAGAGUUCGAAAAUGCAGAGGAUGCGGCGGCCGCUAUAGAUAAUAUGAAUGAUUCAGAACUGUUUGGCAGAACCAUCAGAGUGAACAUAGCAGCACCACAGAGGAUAAAGGAAGGCUCUACCCGACCUGUCUGGUCAGAAGACAGUUGGCUGCAGAAGCAUGCCGGUGAGACACUCUCUGUUAACAAGGAGGGAGAGGAUGAUAGUAAAGAGAAGACAGAAACUUCUAGUGUUACACCAGCAAAGCCAAUAGAAAAGAGGAAUCCUCAAGUGUACUUUGACGUAAGCGUUGGCAAACAAGAGAUGGGUCGGAUUAUCAUGAUGUUGCGCGCUGACAUUGUGCCCAAGACAGCGGAGAAUUUCAGGGUGCUGUGUACGCACGAGAAGGGCUUCGGCUAUCAGGGCAGCAGCUUUCACAGGAUUAUACCCGACUUUAUGUGUCAAGGUGGUGAUUUCACGAACAACAACGGUACGGGAGGCAAGUCAAUCUAUGGACGGAAGUUUGAGGAUGAGAACUUUGUACUGAAACAUACGGGGCCGGGCAUAUUGAGUAUGGCCAACUCGGGACCCAAUACAAACGGUUCACAGUUCUUCCUGUGCACUGCAAAGACGGAGUGGCUAGACGGCAAGCACGUGGUGUUCGGCCACGUGAUCUCGGGGCUGGACGUCCUGCGUAAGAUGGAGCGGUAUGGCAGCAAGAGCGGCGCGCCCUCCGCCAAGCUUGUCAUCACCAACUGCGGCGAGCUACAAUGACAGUAGUUUUUUUUUUUUUUAUCUUUUAUCGCGGGCUUUGUGCCUUUGCGCGCGGCGACCGAAUCAAGAAAUUUCGCAAUUUCGCAACAAAAAACCUAUCACGGGACCCGUGUUAGGUUUUCUUGUUAUUCAAUUUCUCUGAAUGUACCGGUCGGUGUGGUGUUGCCAGACUUCGGUAUGCGUGCGACUAGACGUAAUAU